GACGUGCUGCCCCUUCCUGUUGGCCGCCCCAAGCACCUGCUUGCUCAGCUGGUGCCUGGAGCUGGCCCUGAGUAGUUGAGACGUAAAAUAUGAAAAAUAGGCUCGAGAAAGUUUGGGGCCAGGCUCAUAGAUUUGAGACGCAAAUUCACUUAUGAAAGAGAGUGAAGUUGUGGUCAUGAUAAAUUUGGUCCUUACAGUUAAGUCAGAUUUAUUGAGCUGUAUCAGUUUGAUGCAAAUCAGGCCAGGAUUUCUAAAAGUAUGGUAAGAGAGGCGAUCAAAGUGUAAUCCGAAAGGCUUGUAUAUGACACAAGGGUUUAGAGAGACAAGAUGGGUGAGAGACAAGAUGGGUGAGGAAAUAUCUUUUUUUGGACCAAUUUCUGUUGGUGAGAGAGACAAACUUUUGAUCUUAUACAGAGCACUUCUUCAGGAUUAAAUGAUUUUAACACUGAUAUAACUACGACAGUACUGUAAAGUCCCAGGGCUGGUCUACACUAGAAAAUAUGUCGCUCAGGGGUGUGAAAAAUCCACACCUCGGAGUGAUUUAGUUAAGCUGACCUAACUCUGUGUAGACAGUGCUAGGUCAAUGGAAGAAUUCUUCUGUCAACCUAGCUACCGCCUCUAGCGGAGGUGGCUUAUGUACGUCGACAGGAGAACCCCUCCCAUCAGCAUAGGUAGGAUCUGCACUUAAGCACUACAGUGGUGCACAUGCAGCUGUGCUGCUGUAUUGUUUCAAGUGCAGACAGACCCCCAAUGUAGGUGUGCUGCCUGGUCACCAGUAUGAAGUGGGGCUGGCACUGCCAGUAUAACUUAACCUUGGUUUGAAACUACACAGCAGUAAAAAUGCCUAAAUGUAGGCAUGCUCUAAUGCAGUGGUUUUCAUUUGCAGACACCUAAAAAUUUUCAAAUGGAGGUGCGGACUCCUUUCGAAAUCGUAGACAUAGCUUGUGGACCAUAUAGGUUGAAAACCACUGCCCUAAUGUGAGACAGUCCUACAGGCUUAUUAAUGUUCUGGAAAGGGAACUACUAAAACUCUCUUCACUCCCUGCAGAGAACAUGGGAAGGUGGUGACAGCCCUAUAGACUGAUGGGCAACGACUUUGACAUUGUACUGGAGAUAUUACUUUUAUAAUGAGAAAUGUUACAGACAUUGUCAUAAAAGCAGAUUCUUGGGACUGGCUUAGUUAGAAAAAUGGAUUCAUUUUAAGAAGAUGUCUACAGAAUUUGUAUGUCUUGCUCAGUCUAGGAUGGACCAUAAAUGUUUAAUGCUUAGAACACUGGCCUUUUCCUAGAAUGCCAGCCAAAUUAAAUUGAGGACUGGUGUGUAUUCAGAAUCUUGAUUUGCUUCACCCUUCCCCUUUGCCUCCAAUUAGAUGAGCGAUAAGGAGAAGGAGGAAUGAUGCUCUUCAUUCACCCUCUUCUUUACUGUUUCACUGGGUUCUCUGCUCCCUAGUCUUCACUGCUGCUCCAACUGGAGGAGAAUUGGAAUGGUGAACCAAAUUAACACACAGCAUGUUAGCUCACCCUAAGCAGUAGAGUUUUUGUGAAAUCCACCCACACAAAGCUAUAAUCACCACUUAAAAACAACCAGCAAAGUGGGGAUGGAGGGUGGGAGGAAAGGUAGGUUUGUGUUGUCCCCCCAUUUUUUUCCAGUUAUCUUUAAAUAAAACCUACAAGGAUGGAGACAUUUAUCAAAGGUAUUGUUUGUUUGCUUUUAACUUUGAAAAUGUCAAGGCUGGUCUUUCCUGGUUUCAUGGUGGACUCAUUUGGGAUCCCAGAAUUGUAUAUUGGGUGUUUUCUCGGCUCUUAACUGAAAGCGGUAGGCUCUUGAAGCCUUAAAGAGAUCUUUUCACUUAAGUGUUUGAAAUAAAUAGUUGUGAAUAAAGCUGAACAAAAAUGUCUGAAUAAAAACCACUUACCUUCUCACUUAAAAAGGCAAAUCUUCCUUGGUACUUUUAAUUUUGUAAUCCUAGCAGCUCUCUAGUCAUCCAUAGUCUUCUGGGGUAAGUAAGGCUUGAAUUCCUGAGAUAAAUCAGUAGGGAAGAGAAAAACCUUUUAAAAGCAAAACCGUUUAGGUCCCUUCAUACAUGACCGGGAACAAGCUCAGUUCACUCUUUCCUCCCUCUUCUAGGUUAUGUUUAAGAACUUAACAAAGGAUAUAAAGAGUGUGUUUGGCCUUCUGUGGGCCUCUACACCUGUGUAAAUGUCACUCUAACUGAGGUAUUCAAAGUACUGGUAAGAACAGAAAAUGGCACAACAGGAAUCCGAUCUCCUGGAAGAAAUGUAAUGGGAGCAGAAAAUGGUGUGAAUAUGUAAUGCAAACUAUUCUUCUGGCAAUCUUUGUGUUCCUCUUUGCUUUGUCCUGUGAAGGUUUGAUGGCAGGCAGCAGCAGACUGCCCCCUGGCGGAGGUAUGUGGCGCACUCUUGAAACCUGGGAUAGCCAGUGGCCUUUCUCAAAUGGCAAAAAGUCUUCAGAGAACUUGCCAAAUAACACCCACAUGACAGAUGUAAAAUUAGAAAAUUUAAAAGGAAUUGAACACAGCUUUUGAUGUCUGACUGUGCUAGUGUUACAGCCCACAGCAUCAGGAGAAAGACAAGCUAACAUUGGCAAUGGAUUAGUUUUAAUCAAAUAACCAGACAUUUCUGCUUAAUGCUGACAAGCUGAAAUAGGAUAUUUGAUCAAAAAGACGCAGUGGUUCAGUCUGUCUCCUUCUCUACUAAAAUUGCAAAGCAUCAAAAUAAGCACAUUCAACAUAAGUUGAAUUUGGUUUAGAGAGGGUGAAGGGUGUUUAUCAUAUACAGCUGAGCAUGAGUCAUCUGAGGCAAAAGCUGCAGUUUUCUCUUUUUUCAGCCUCUCAGCAAUAACCCACAAAGAAUCUGAUAAAUACUGAAUUAUACCACAGGGCAACUGUUCAUACCUUUAAUAUGCUCUGUUUCCCGUUUUUUUCCCCCCACAUUCACCUUCCGAAUAAAUGCCCUGUCACAAAAACAGAACUACUAGUUAAAAUUAUGCUUUGCAUUCCACAUCUGCUUCUGUAACUAACAAGAUGAAGUCCCCAUAAGUACCAUAUACUUUAGAGAGCUCUCUGACCUAUUGCAGAGCCCACAGAGAGGGCAACAACACAAUUCUACCAGGCUCUAGAAAGUCAGAGGUUCACUGCAGAAUCCAGGACUUUUAAACAGGGUUAAGGUCACUCGCUGCUGGUCAUGUUUGAUUAAAUGAUAAAAUAAAACAUGGAUUUAAAUCCUUUCACAUAGACAAAGGUUGAGCUCUGUGAUUUUUAUAUCACACGUUCUGGAGUCUUACUGAAUGAACUCUGAAUGUUUUUAAGGGCAAGUGAUUAAAACUGUUCUGGCUGAACAGUACAGAUUUAUGAUCAUGAUGUAAUUUAUAAAAAUUCCAAUGAAAUCAAGGCACAUUCAAGCUGUAUUAGCCAAAGAUAUAGUACUAGCUUCCCCUUCUGGCCAAAGAGAGCAGCAAUCCCUGGGCAGGAAAAGUUUUACAGAAAUGUAGGUCUAUAUUCUUGUGUACGCUUAAGAUAUGGAUUAUUAACGUGUCUUGUAUCACCAAGAUAUAUCCACCUCCAUUACCUGACUGCCAUUCAGGUAAGUGCUGCAGAUCAGAGCACUCAGGUCAAUAUAUUACUGGGAACAAAAAAUUGCUGUCUGAAAAUAUGGGAUAGAUGAGAAACAAAGUUUCUCUGAAAGUGUGGUCUUACUAUGAAAAGUGACUAGAUAAAAGUGGCACUUUCUUCUGCAACGUGUCUGUUCUCUGUGUAUUUUCAGAAUCUGAUCCCCUGACAUUAGGGACAAAUACAUUUUUACUCCUCUUGGGCCAGGUCUAAUCUAGAAACUUUGUCAGUAUAGCAAUGUAGUUUAGGGGCGUUUUUGCAAUAUUUCUAUACUGGUAAAAGCCCUAGUGUAGAUGCAGUUACACGGGCAGAAAGUGUUUUUGCUAGUAUAGCUUAUUUUACUUGGGGAACUGCUAUAAGUUAUCCCAACUAAAAGCACUUUUUUUCUUAUAUGAAGUGUGUCUACACUGGGACGGUUUGCCAGUAUAACUGUACGAGCAAACUUUUUCUAAUAUAGACUUGGCAUCAGUCUUUCAAUGCCAGCACAGCUCCAAUAGAGACAGAGUGAACUGGAUUUUAUUCCUCCGUGUACAUCAUCAUUCUUCCUACCUUUCACCCCAUUCCCUCUUAUUGUUGUUUGCACUUAUUUAUUGUAUCUUGUCUUGGCCCAGGAGAUCUUGGUUUCCUAACCUGGUGAACAUGUCAAUAAACCCAUCAUUUUUCCUGACUCCAGGGCUGGAUUUGUUAUUGUAUAGACCAGUUCUUCUACAAGUUAAAUCUAGCAGCUUGGCAUUUGAAAAGAAGUUUGGUGUGCUCACUGCAUGGAAGAAGGCAAGACACACGGCUGGCUGCAAACACAGUUGAACAGAUACCACUGAUACUGUCUGAUUCCAAACAAGAUGAACACAUUGUCAUUGCUGCUAAGAUUCCCUCAGUACCGUUUUCUUAGAAAGAUUUCUUUCAAAAGCUUCCACUCAAAUUUCACUCCUGGAUCAUUAUUUCCAUAUAUUCAAUCUUUUAAUUCAGUAUGCUUGUAUUGUACAAAGUGGAUGUUGCCAGCAAGUGAUUUGAAAAGAGGGAUGUGUUAUCAAGCAACCGUAGACCAACAAACACAGGGACUUUGUGACAAGGAACAGAGACUCGUAGACAAACUUUACAGUGGAUUAAUCCAAGGGCACAGAGCCUGCUUGGCAGAGGCCAUUACUCUCAUAGAAUCAACUCAGAGCAGGAAAAAGGAAAUAGCCCAGGUGCUCAUUCAGAAGGUAUUAUCCUACCACAGAGAACAAGAAAAGUUAAAUAAAGGAAAACCACUAGCCUUUAGAGUGGGAUUGUCUGGUCCCCCGGGUGCUGGGAAAUCAACAUUUAUAGAAUGCUUUGGGAAAAUGCUUACAGAGAGGGAACACAAAGUGUCUGUGUUGGCUGUGGACCCUUCCUCUAGCACAAGCGGUGGCUCACUCUUGGGUGAUAAAACACGGAUGACUGAGUUGUCAAGGGACAUGAAUGCUUACAUCAGGCCAUCUCCAACCAGGGGGACGUUAGGAGGUGUGACUAGGACCACAAAUGAAGCUAUUCUGCUAUGUGAGGGAGGAGGCUAUGACAUCAUUCUUGUGGAAACAGUAGGUGUGGGGCAAUCAGAGUUUGCAGUUGCUGAUAUGGUUGAUAUGUUUGUUUUGCUGCUACCACCAGCAGGAGGAGAUGAGUUACAGGGUAUUAAACGGGGUAUAAUUGAGAUGGCAGAUCUAGUUGCUAUAACUAAAGCUGAUGGGGAUUUAGUUGUGCCUGCGCGGCGGAUACAAGCAGAAUAUGUUAGUGCUAUGAAACUACUUCGCAAGCGCUCUAAGGUUUGGAGACCAAAGGUAAUGCGCAUGUCUGCUAAAACUGGAGAAGGCAUUUCAGAUAUGUGGGAUAAGAUGACAGAAUUUCAUGAUCUCAUGCUUACAAGUGGUGAGUUGAUCACUAAACGACGGAAACAGCAGAAAGUGUGGAUGUGGAAUCUAAUCCAAGAAAAUAUGCUGGACCAUUUUCGGAGUCAUUUAGCAGUGAGGGAUAAGAUUCCACUUUUAGAAGAAAAGGUUCUCAGUGGUGUCUUGGCUCCAGGGCUGGCAGCAGACCUAUUACUGAAAGCAUUCAAAGACAGACCUUAAGAUCCCAUGUUCUACUGUGUCAUUGAUCAAUUUGCACAAAUUAUUUAAACAUUAAAUAAAAUUUUCCUAAGCAUGGCUUCAAAUCUUUUACUGCAGCAUACUUGAAUGUAGCUCUGACUAAAUUUAUUUUCUGACUCAGGCAAACAUAAUGCACAUGAGGAACAAAGCUAGUUUCUGGGACUACCACAGAUUAUAUUCAAAAAGAAAAAUGUAAACUUCUAAAACUCUUAUUUAAGUACAGCAUAGUUAAGGAUGUUUUAAAGCUUUUAAUGAGAUUGUAAUAGAAAUUGUUAAAACAAAAUAACUUUGUGGUACCAUGUGUCACAGUAAGCUAGUUUUGCCUGUGUUCCAGAUAUUUCAGCACUUGUCCUGUUAUAUUUACCAACAAAACCCCCAUACAAAACAAGGAUAGGUGUAACUAAAACUGCUCUUGGGCUCAUCUAAAUGUCUUUCAGUGGAGGGGACAUCUGUUUACAUGACUGUUAAAUUUUACAGUGCAUCCAUGACCUGUCUGUAUAACUUACCAAAAACCUGAUUCAGUCAACACUUACAGCAGUAAGCACAUUAAAGGAUGUCUCCAAAGUCUCAUUUACUCAACAAAAAUAAUCGUUUAAACAUGGCUAUGGUAUAACACAGCUUACUGCCGCUGGAGCCUACGGUGGUUUAAGCACACUGUUAGGGCCACAAUUAGAGCAUGUCCAUGUUACAGAUUUCAGCUCUGGUAUAGCAGUAGAUGCUGCAAGGGGAGCUGUUGCCAGCAUGGAUCAUUGCCCAUCUCCUCACUGUGAGUGACAGCAAAAUCGUUGUGAACUGCAUAAUCACCUAAGCAGAACCUGUUCUUUUGUGUUAUAAACAAAUAUAGCAUUGAAGCAGCCCUGCCUGGGAGCCAUAUUUAUCCAAGGAACCACCCUAUUUUUCUCCUGAAUAGAAAUUUUUUAAAACAAAAGAUGAAGUUACAUUAGGUAUCUUUUCUUUAAUAUAGCUAAUGAUAAAGGAUUCAAGUGGAACCCACAUUAGAGUUUCUUUCGUUAUGGAAAUGCCCAUCUUUAUAAUUAACUAUCUUAAAAUACAAAACAAAACUUUGUCUAUAGUGAUUUAAGGCUAUUUGGCUGGAUGAAAGAGCGUCAGUUUCUAAACAAAAUGACUUUCUCCUGUUGAAUUCAACUUAAAUACUUUGACUAUUCAGGAGCUAUAUGCACGUUUUGAUAUCCUUUAAUAAUAAAUUGGAGGCUCUUCUAAAAUAUUACUUGGAAAACAUGGUGUAUUUGGCAGAAAUUUAUUAUUACAGAAAAAAAUGCCAAUUUUGGAGACUGCAGAAAAGCAAUAAAACAAUAAUUGGAGUUCUAUGAAGAAUUCUUCAUAUCUUGUAUAAGUAAAUUGAAUUUUUGAAUUAUGUUAAAAGCUGCGAUAUGUUUCCUUGGCUUCCCUGACAAACUUGAUUUUGCAUCUAUAUUUAUUUCUCUAGAUCUUCAGUUUUUUUUUAAAACUUUUAGCUAAAUCGUAAUACAUCAGAAAAGUUACCUUUAGCUUUUGAAGACGCUAGGAGAUUUUUUUUUUAUCCUUUAUCUAACAAGGAUUCUUCAUUGUCUAACUCAUGCUACUUUAAUUCUUAUUGCCAGGGUUAAAGUUAGUUCUCCUGUCAGAUAACAGCUGUUGCCUUAUUUUCCAGUACACUUCAUUAUGGUAAAAAAGGAUAAAAUUGGAUGGAAGGACCCCAUCCUGCAAACAUGCAUUUAAGUAAUUUGUUCACAGGACUAGCCCUACUGAAGUACAUUUUCAGGGCUAUAUUAUAGUACUGAACAGCAGGACAACAAUGGUUUGGCUGGUGAGGGGUGAAAGGCAGUUUCUGUAUGGAGAAAAUUUGCACUCAUGUAACUGAUUUUAGUUAUACUGGUGCAAACCACUAAUGUAGUUUAGCUGCACCAGUGUAAAAUUAUGCUUAAACCACUGUUGGUAACACAUGAAAUUAAGUUACCACUGCCUAAGAGUGGACAUCUACACUGGAGCUAGAGCCUUAAUUUCCAACUUGAAUAGACAUCUUCACAGUAGCUCUGAUCAAGCUAGUGCGCUAGAUGUAUCCAGGGCACAACAGCUAGUUGCCCUCUGUACGAUCCUGUCAGAAACCCUAGGUAUGUACUUAGGUUGCUAACCCCUACUGCUGCUCAUGCCAUUGCUGCUAUUUGUAGCAUGGGUAUGUCUACUGGAGCUGGAAAUUGUACCUUCUAGCUCCAGUCUAGAUGUACCCAUGCUAACUCUGAUAGGAGAAGGAGGGCAGAAACACAAGUGCUUUACUAUGACAUCAUCAUUGGUCACAGUAUAAUGCUCAGUUGCACCUAUGUGAGAGGAAGCUGUAUCAGCUAGAGCAUGCCCCAGAUCAAAAGCCAGGGCUUUAAACCCCCUGAAAUGUAGUGCAGUUUGCAUCUGCACUUCAUUCUUUGGGUUCAUCUCUAAUUUACUAAAUGUGCUAUUUUGAUCACACUUUUGUGAUUAUGUACAUACUUACAAAAUUAAAAUCUAAAUUUCAGGCUGGCUGAGGGCACCUACCUUGUGGAUGGAUCAAUACGCUAUGUAACUUCCGGUUGGAAACUGGCGUGAUCUAGAAAGUGAUGAGAACAGCAUUUAGACUGGUUUUCUCAAUAUUCUUCUAGACCAUCUAUGUGAUGAAAAAUAGUGGAGUUCAUCCAUGCUAAUCUAUUAAAACAAAACUUUACCCUUUUGACUUGUUCAAGUGCUCAAGGGCUUCCAUUUUUCAUCUCCUGUUAAAAUCUGAAACUAUUCUACUUAAAAAGUCAAACCUGCUAAAAAGGAAUCUGCAGUUGAAGUGCCCGUAGCAAAUUCAAUCCCCUUCUCCUAGCAUGGAUUAUUCUCUUUCUUUGUUUUCAAUGAUAGGGCCAAGUGACCCAUGCUUGGUUGGCUGCUCCAUUGUCAAAAUUGUUGCUUUUCUAAAUUCGUUACCUUCUGUUUUACAUGCUCGUAAGCCUUUAAUAAGUCUUCUCCUCUUGUAUGUUCCUUAUUUGUGCAGCACUACAAGCUGCACUGACUCGCUUCCUUUUUGCUGAGGCUACUGUAUGUAAAUGAAAUUAUUUUUUUAACCUUGGAGAACUCCCUUCCUAAUGUUUGCUUUUAAACAGUAGCCAAGUCUUGCUAUGGUAUCAGCUCCCUCCACACUGCAGUAGACAUGAUCACUUCCUCAGUUUUCUCCAUAACUCCACAUUUUUUAUUCUAUUUUUCAUGGAUGUUCAGAGAAAAAUCUGUACCACCCCUUUUCUGUUUUAUCCAGUUUUAGGAAUAAGAAAUAGAUCUUCACAUAGUUUAAGACUCUGAUAGCAAUACCUUUCCUUGGAUACAUAUUUUCCCUAACAGAUAGCUGGAUAAUCGAUUUCAUACACAAAAUUGGCAAAGCAAACCACUUAAAUCAGUAAAUUACAAAAUUGAGGGUGGAUGUAUAACUUUAACUCCAGCCUCUUUGGCAUAUAUAUAUUAUAAUUCAGUAUUAUGAUGUCACGUACCAUUUCUCAAAUAACGCUCUAUCAGUCCAUUUUGAAGCUCUGAAUACACAUGAAGCAUGGUGCAGCCUUUCUGAUCUUUUUGUGCAAUGGGGCUAUGAUCUCAGUUGGGGCAUCUGGGUACUACUGUAAUGUAAAUAACAAUGAAUAAUAAACUAUUUUUUGUAAAAA